AUGUUAACUGUUCAGAAAUGUGCUUACUGUGAUCCUGAUUCCCCAAAGUUUCAGGAUCUGAGUUGGAUAUUACUCUGUCGUUGCAAUGAAAGUGUUGAUGAACCAUUGGAAUGGCGUUGGUGUAAACCCGAGUCUCCACUGCAGUCCUUCCAGCUAUCUGAAAAUGACAAGACUGUUACAUUUCAUCCCACUAUUAGUUGGGGUACGGCUGUUGCACGUGGGACCGCCCUUUUAACGAAUGGCCUUCACUAUUGGGAACUUAAAGCUGUAUCCCCGCUUUAUGGGACAGAUGUGAUGGUUGGAAUCGGUCGAACAUGUGCAAAAUUAGAUCAUUAUUCACGUGAAUUCCGUUCUGUACUUGGUAUUGAUUGUGAUUCAUGGGGAUUAAGUUAUCGUGGUGCACUUAUGCAUGAUGGCCAAACAUAUCCCUUGGGAUCUUGCGCUUUCAAAAAGGGUAGUAUAAUUGGCUGUCUUCUCGAUUUAUGGCAUUGUAAGCUUUACUUCUUCGUUGAUGGACAAUUGAAUCCCAAUGCUUGUUUCAAUCUACCACGUGAUAAUUAUUAUCCAAUGGUAUCUUCAACUACAUUACGAAGUGGGUUUCGUUUGAUUCGUGCGAAAUCUUACCCAACCACAUUGCAAUAUUUAAUAUGCCAGUAUUUUCUCCACCAGCAACAAAAACAACCAUCCCUUCAUACCUGUUUCAAUUUGACCACUUUAAAAUUUCCUGCUGGUCUUCGGGAAAUUUUAAAAAACACUCUACCUCAUUCACUAUUCUUCAAUCAAAUUCAACAACUAUCCUUCAAUUAUAAUGAUGUACACAAAGCGUCAUCUCUUUUACCUGUUGAUUCACCUGAUCCUUUCUUAUGGAUUAGUUUCUCUCCAUCUGAUUCAAAUGAUUUAAGCAGUAGUACAAUGGGUGAUGCGGAUAAAUUUGACAUUGAACCAUACUCUCCGGAAGAGUUCGAUUUUUCUUCGGAUGAUUUGUUGAAUGAACGUGAGAAAUCAGUAGACAAAGAAGAUGAUAGUUCUGAUGAAAAUCACCUAAACGAGACCAAUUUUUGUCCAUCUACAACUAUUGCAGGCAGUCAGAAAAGGCGUUAUCAAGCUGCCAUGUCCGCAAAUUGUGUGUUAGACAGACUAUUUGUUUUGGCUGCAAAAUCUACCAAAAGUAACGAUAAGUCCAGUGAAACAACGUCUCAUAUGAUGCGUAAUGUGAACUCUGUUGUUUAUGACCAUGCACUCUGGGGUGAAUUUGACGAAUAA